CACGUGAUUAUCACGUGUCCCGCCUUCCAAGAUGGCUUCCUCCCUGUUUAUUUGAGAGAACAAAUCGUUCGGCGUCCCGGGGGGUUAUCCGCCGGACCACCCCCCCCCCGUAGAAAAGAUGAUAGGCUCUCCGGACCUGGUGCCUUUUACAAUGGAGGAGGGGUAUGAAGAGCCAUUUCAUGGCGCCUCUGGGCUGCCGGAAGAAUACACGGUGCCUCUGUUUCCCUUUUCCCAAGCCAAUAGCAGUCCCUGGUCCAGGCUGUGUGCUGCCAAAUUCAGCAGGGACUUUAUUCUCAUCUCAGAGUUCUCUGAGCAAGUGGGGCCCCAGCCUCUUCUUACCAUCCCUGAUGAUCAGCGGAUUUGUGGCGAGUUUGACCUGAACUACUUCUCCCUGCGCAUCAUGUCGGUGGACUACCAGGCAUCCUUUGUGGGCCACCCCCCGGGUUCAUCUUACCCGAAGCUGAAUUUCGUCGAGGACUCUAAGGUCGUCUUGGGAGACUCCAAAGAAGGAGCUUUUGCCUAUGUCCAUCACUUGACCCUGUACGACUUGGAGGCGCGAGGCUUCGUCAGGCCCUUUUGCAUGGCCUAUAUCUCCAUGGACGAGGAAAAGAUAAUGAGACAGUUCUUGGAGCUUUCCAGCGACUUCUCAAAAGCGUCCAAGUGCCUGAAAACCGGCAAUAGGAAGGCGUUUGCCAACGAGCUGGAAAAAAAGCUCCGAGACCUUGAUUACACCAGGACCGUUCUACAGAGAGAAAUGGAAGAACAGAUGAAGGCCGACGACAAGGGAUUUUACACGACACAAACCAUCGAUAAAGCCAACGAACUUGCCAGUGUGGAAAAAUCCAUUAUAGAGCAUCAGGAUUUACUGAAGCAGAUCCAGUUAUACCCGUACAGGAAAAUAAAAGAGCCGGAUUUUCAGCCGUAUGAGCCAGAAAGUUUACAAGACUCCGAUGUUCCGAAUGAAUCUGAGCAACCAUUGCCCCCUUCUAACCCAGAAGAAAGCCUGGUGGAAGAGGAGAGCAGUCUUUACCAUCCCAGGUCAUCCUACACUCCUAAAUUCAUAAAGGCAAAAUCCUCAAAAUGUUUUGAUAAGAAAUUAAAAACAUUGGAGGAACUGGUUGAUAUUUAUUUCUUUACUCAAACAAUAGACCUACUGACUAGUAUAGAAAAACGAUACCGGGGUGACUUGAGUUAUCUCCUAAUGAAGCAACUUGAAAAGGGACUUUUAGAGCAACAGACGGUUUCCAAUUUCUUGUUUGAAGAUAUUGCGACUUGGGAUGCAAAGCUGUCCAGCAUGCAUUGUUCCAAUACUUUGGCGCUUGUUCAGGCUUUGCAGAAUCCUACAUUUUUGGAAGAACCGGGAAACCUUAAAAAUUCAGCAAGUCUGGAGUCGUACAAAUCAAGCGUGGAAUCUGUCCCUAUUAAAAUUGAACAGGAAGUAUUUGAAGAAGGAAAUCAUCAAGAGACGGCUGAGCGCGGUGUUUCCGACAUCCCAGAUAACUGUGAAUUUAACGAUGUGGAUUUUAAAGGGAGUGUUAGUAGCAGCGACAGCAUUGAAGUCUUGAGAACAGAGAAGUCAGUUGCGUUGCUCACUCAUUCUGAGAGCCAGCCAUGUUUGCGACUUAGCCCCCAACCGCCCAGGAGGAAGGUAGGUAGCAGAAGAACCAUUAGUGAGGACAGUAUUGAAGUUCUAAGCACGUGUCCCUCUGAAAGUGUAAUUCCUGAGGAUUUUAGACCAGCAUAUCAAAUCGCCAUUCAUGAAGAGGAUCCUGAUGGAGUAGAUGUGGAUGGAGAACAGCCUUGCAAUUCCACCAAUAAUGAGGAGAAUGAGCCUUCUCCAAAUGAUUUAUCAGGCGACCCAGCUUGUUGCAUGGGGGCAGAAACACUUUUAGCGCAGACAGGAAAUGUGACCCCUGUACCUAAUGAUGGGGACAUUAAUAAAGUGGUUAGUGUCCCGCCACAGUCGUACAGAAACAUGGAUCAUGCCUUUCAAGUCAAGUUCUCAGUAGACAGGGCUGAGAACCAUUCUAAUAAAGUGAGUCCCCAUGGCCUCUCUAGUCCUGAAGCAGAGUCAACAUACUUAAUGAGUAGCGGAGAGUCUGUAAGACUAAGCAUUGAGGAGUAUUCGGACUCUACAAGUUAUAGAAGCAGCACGUCGACUUGUUCUGAUAGGACACCCUCCCCGGCCCCAUGUGUCAGUGGCCUCUCUGAACGACAUAGAAGGAAAGCCGGCCAGAAUGCACUAAUGUUCAUUAGACAGUACCCCUUCUCCCACCCUGCCAUAUAUUCUCUUCUCUGUGGAAGGACCCUCAUAGUGCUGGGUGAGGAGGAAGCCUUUGUUAGAAGGCUUGUGACGGCACUAUCAAUUUUUGUGCCCAAUCAUGGACAUGUUGCCAAACCCGUUAACACAUGGAUGACUUCCCCACUGCACAUAAUGGAUUUUCAGAAGUGGAAACUAAUUGGACUUCAAAGAGGGGGUUCUCCGUCCAGUACCAACAUCCUGCACUCCUUGAACCGCUACAGCCGCUACGCCAGCGUGUUGGACGCAGACCAUAAAACACUACGCUGCCCCGUAUAUAAAGGAGCCUUCCUGCAGAGACUGGCUGAUCACCGCACACAGAUCAGGCGGGGCAGUACCUACUACAUGCAUGUGCAAAGUAUGUUGACUCAGCUCAGCGCUAAGGCCUUCCUCUUCACUUUUUGUCACCACGCGCACCUCCCCAUCCGGGAAAAAGAAAGCGAGGAGUCCAUCGCCCAGCGCAGAGCCGCCUUCCUUCGGCAGCUGCUCGGCCUCUCCGAGGAGGACAGCAAGAUAGUGGAAUAUCUCUCAGAGCUUCUCAAGAUGCAUUAUCUGAGGGAAUCAGGGACCCAGCUCCUCCCAGUGCUCAGGUUUGACUAUAUCCCCAACUUUUUAUACAAGAUCUAACCCCCCCGGCAGCCUUCAUUCCUAUGGAGAGAGGCUGCCAUGGACUCGAGAAUGUAACCGUAGCUGAAGGAUGCCGACCUCUGCGCCUCAAACUAGGAAACGUCUUUGGGAAAACCUUCUUAGCGUUCUGUUGGCUUGCUGUCUCUGUUGUGUUCCCGUGUACAUGGAUUUUUGUUUUAUACCAGCCUCCUUAAACCACGAGACUACUGAACAGCUUCUCCCAACCCCCGCAUGUUAUAUAUACAGGAGAAUUUGGUAGUGCUAGGAAGCUGUAUGUAGAAAACCUUAAUUAGGGCAGUGUCAUCGACAGCAAAGUCAUGCCUGGAAAGAUGUGCAAGGGUAACACAUUUGUGUUGUAUGUGCAAAUAUCAGUGUAGAAUACCUACCUACCCACCCUAUACCUUCCUACCUACCUACCCAGCGGUGCAAGUAGCAGCCUACUCCAAUCACAACGGACCUCUCCUAUCUUUAACAUUAAAGUUCCUUAUCUGAUUGCACUGAGCAAUGUAACGAGCAGUAUUUUCAAAAAGUCUCGUGGGUGAUAGGCUUCAAGCAUUAAUGCCCCUAAUAGCUUUACCUCCAGAAUUGAAUUCACUUAUUUGCUGUUGUGCCAAUGAAGUUCUGCUGCUGCUGCUGCUCCUUCACAGUGGGAAUAACCUUAUAGGUCACAAACCCAAGGGUAGUAAUCUAAUACAAAGGGACUGGUGCUACUAGCUGGUUCUGAAUCACUACUACGUGACCCAGUUCUGCCACAGACUGUGAUGGAGGUAAAAUAUGGUUAUUUUUGUAUCUCACAUUACUAGGUUUAAUGUGUUUUUUUCACAUCAAUAACAGAUCCCAAGUUUUCAUAGGACAGACCUAUUGUAGCAUCAGUAGAUCAAUGUAUGGGACUAUAAUAUACAGCAUUGGACUGGCCCACUGGGAGACCAGGAGAUAUCCCGUUUUACAGGUUUGUGGGCACCGGGUUAGGGCGGUCGUUGUUGGGAAAAGGGUCAUUUGUAGCUUUGAACCCCUUGAAAUCCCCUGGUGGGCCUUUGGGUCUCCAGUCCGACACUAUACUGAUACUAUAGCCCCUCUUUCAUGGACCGGGCGAUAUUCACUGUGCUAGUAUUACACGACCCACUGAUCCCUCGUACUUUUCACUGCUUCGUAAUCUAAUUUGCCACUGACUGUGCCGGCUUUGGCCACCUGAUAUUUCUAAUGCUGCUAGGAAGCUCUUCCGUGUGUUUCUUUCCGACUUACCUGAUAAAUCAUAAACGGUUCUAUGUACGGUGCGAUACUAACCGAAAGCCAUAUUACUGCAUUGAUACGUCUGACUUGCACUUACGGGAGGGACUUCACGCUUUAAUCAUGUUAUUUAUCAAGAGAAUUGGUGCAUAGUUUAAUUAUGAGUCGUACAAUUAGCUAUGCAAACUGCCCAUAGUGUGUAUCUGAAAUAUUUUUGAUUUGUUUUAUGGAAUAUCUUUCCUUUCUCAAGAAAUUUGUUUUUGGCAGGCCAAGAACGUCCCUGGGGUGGAAGGGUAAUAUAGUUCUUAAUUAGGUUUAUUCCGUAUUAAUCGGCAAACGCAUCAUGUUGAUUUUGGUGGAAUUUUAAUAGAAUUGCCAAAGCUAGGAGAGCCAUUGUUAGCUAGUUUAGCUAUGAAUUAGUGGAUGGGCUGCCUCGAAUCUGGAAAUGUAUCUACUCUGUCCAUUUCAUUAGAUGUCUGUCCACAUGAUGACUUUAAACUCCUGGUUCCUGAUUGUUCUUGACUGUCCACCUUACUGUCCUGUUGUCUACAUGAUUACGCUACAGCCCUGGUUCCUGAUUGUCCUUGACUGUCCACCUUACUGUCCUGUUGUCUACAUGAUUACGCUACAGCCCUGGUUCCUGAUUGUCCUUGACUGUCCACCUUACUGUCCUGUUGUCUACAUGAUUACGCUACAGCCCUGGUUCCUGAUUGUUCUUGACUGUCCACCUUACUGUCCUGUUGUCUACAUGAUUACGCUACAGCCCUGGUUCCUGAUUGUCCUUGACUGUCCACCUUACUGUCCUGUUGUCUACAUGAUUACGCAACAGCCCUGGUUCCUGAUUGUUCUUGACUGUCCACCUUACUGUCCUGUUGUCUACAUGAUUACGCUACAGCCCUGGUUCCUGAUUGUUCUUGACUGUCUACCUUACUGUCCUGUUGUCUACAUGAUUACGCUACAGCCCUGGUUCCUGAUUGUUCUUGACUGUCCACCUUACUGUCCUGUUGUCUACAUGAUUACGCUACAGCCCUGGUUCCCAAUUGCAUACAUUAAAUUAAGGGGCAAAUAUACUGGCUUGUUUUGAAUAAUACUUUGGGGUUUAUUUAUGAAAAGUUGCUCAGUCUGCUACAUGUUUAGGCUCAUAUAGCAACCAAUCAGCAGGCAGCACCUGUA